AUGAGAGAUAGAACGGAAGAAAACCUUCAAGGGUUUUUUGACCGGUAUCAACAGCUGGCCAAGGAAAUGGAAGCACUAGAGAACCCUCCACUGCAAGCGAUGGAAGACUAUCUAGAAAAAGAGAAGACGAUCAGGCUCCAUAUAACCGAUCAAUACCUGAAGGCAGCAAAGACCAGGAACAUCACCGCUGAACUCCCUAGACACGAACUUAAAGCAUAA